AUGUGGCGUGGCGAGGUGGGGAGGCUGCUGCGGGGCUGCGGGGCCGGGAGCCCCCGGGCUGCCUCGGGCUCGGCAGUGGCUCAGCUCCGCCGGCGGCUGGAGAGCGAACUAGAAGAUAUCCGAGGUGCCGGCACUUGGAAGAGCGAAAGGAUCAUCUCCUCCCGCCAAGGUCCCCACCUCCGUUUGGAGGGUGGUGGGGCCGGGAUCCUCAACUUUUGUGCUAAUAACUACCUGGGGCUCUCCAGCCACCCCGAAGUGAUCCGCGCUUCUGUGGAGGCCCUUGAGAAGUUCGGUGCUGGGCUCAGCUCUGUCCGCUUCAUCUGUGGUACCCAGAGCAUACACAAGGACCUAGAGAAGAAGAUUGCACGUUUCCACCAGCGGGAAGAUGCCAUUCUCUAUGCCAGCUGCUUUGAUGCCAAUGCUGGUAUCUUUGAGGCCCUGCUGACUCCAGAGGAUGCAGUGCUGUCAGAUGAGCUUAACCAUGCCUCCAUCAUUGAUGGGAUCCGUCUGUGCAAGGCUAACAAGUACCGCUACAAACACAUGGACAUGCAGGACCUGGAGGCCAAGCUGCAGGAUGCACAGAAACAUCGCCUACGGCUGGUGGCCACCGAUGGUGCCUUCUCCAUGGAUGGUGACAUUGCACCCCUGAGGGAGAUCUGCCAGCUGGCCCAGAAGUAUGAUGCCCUGGUUUUCAUUGAUGAAUGCCAUGCCACAGGCUUCCUGGGACCCAAUGGUCGGGGCACUGAUGAGCUCCUGGGAGUGAUGGACAAAGUCACUAUCAUCAACUCCACCCUGGGAAAAGCUCUUGGAGGAGCUGCAGGUGGGUACACAACUGGCCCCAAGCCCCUCAUCGACUUGCUCCGCCAGCGCUCUCGCCCCUACCUCUUCUCCAACAGCCUACCCCCUGCCGUGGUGGGCUGUGCAUCCAAGGCCCUGGACCUCCUCAUGGAAAGCAAUGCUAUUGCACAGUCCAUGGCUGCCAAGACUCAACGGUUCAGAAGCAAGAUGACAGCAGCUGGCUUCACCAUCUCAGGGAAAGACCACCCCAUCUGUCCUGUAAUGCUUGGGGAUGCUCGUCUGGCUGCAGUGAUGGCUGAGGACAUGCUGAACAGAGGCAUCUAUGUGAUUGGCUUCAGCUACCCCGUGGUGCCCAAGGGCAAGGCUCGCAUCCGGGUCCAGAUCUCAGCUGUGCACAGUGAUGAGGACAUCGAUCGCUGCGUGGAUGCCUUCACCGAGGUGGGACGGAAACAUGGAGCCCUGCCUUGAGGGGCCAGCAAAUGCCUCCUCCUGUGCCAUCCAAGUGCCUGUGCCAGUGGAAAAGGAUUGAGCAGCAUGCUACUGAAGGAAGGAACGGUCCUCAAGGCAUCACAGCUUGCAGAAGGCUGUGGCCAUUGCAUCAUGCUGGCAGCAGCACUGGCAACCAGCUCUUGUGUAAUUAAAGG